AUUCAUAUUCAGAAUCCCCAAAAAACAUUCCAUAAUUGGGCCAUAGCAGAAAGCACAACACCUUUAGGCUUUAACCCUCCCCCCUAGACUCUAACCAGUCACCUGAAGAACUCACUCUGUCCUCCUUAAUCCUUAUUUAAGGAUUAAAACUUGUGCCUUUGCUCAUCACCAAAAUGUUUGAAGGGAUUAAUGAAAUAAUCCCCCUCUGAUGGAUCAAGAUCAAGAUCAAGAUCAAGAUUGCUAGCUUUGUGGCAUUGAAGUCUGAUCAAGAAACACCAGGUUUCUUGAAAUCUGUGGGGAUGGUUCAAAACAGGAUUUUGAGGUUCUCAAGGGAUUAAAUUGGGUUCUUGAACAAGCAAGCUAAGAAAGAUUGUUUGAUUCUUUGGUUCUUUAUUUUCUCAAGAGCACAUCAACUAACAUAUUUCUGCAGAUAGCCUGCAGGAAUGUUAGAAACUAUUUCAUCUGUGCAGAAAUUCAAUUAUUCACCAAUACACAGAGGGAUUAAUGCAUACAAGAAAAGGGCAGAUUUGAUUACCAAAGUUAAGACAAAACCACCGUCCUCGUCGCCUUCUGUACUGCAAUCAAGGUGCAAAAGCCCAGAUUCUUCCUGGUUGAUGAUGGCUCAUCAGCAGGAAAACACCAUAGGCAUCAUUGGUGGCCUGUCUGCAAUGGCCACUCUCACCUUCCUGGAAAAGCUCGAGUUCUGGAGUUCAAGAAACGCGGAGAAACACCACGUGCCCUUCAUCGUCUGCAGCGACCCUGCAAUAAUAAGGAAGAACAACAACAACAUUGGACUGCAGCAGCAGAUGAUUGCUGAGAAUCUGUUGCAGAAAAGGUUGUUCCUCGAGGAAUCCGGUGCGGGCUGCAUUGUCAUGCCUUGCCACAUGUCUCACCUCUGGUACCCACAUGUCUCCAGAGGAUGUUCUGUGCCAUUUCUUGAUGUGAGUGAGUGUGUUGCCAGAGAGCUGAAAGAGGCAAAUCUGAAGCCAGUUGAAGGUGGGAGAAGUAAUGUGAGAAUUGGUGUUCUUGCUGCUGCAGAUUCACCUCUGCUUGCUACAUUCUAUCACCAGAAACUUCACUCUCAGGGGUUGGAGUGCAUUUUAGCAGACAAACCGACGAGAGAGCAUAUGGUGAUUCCGAUGAUGGAAGCACUGAAGCAGAAGGACAUGGAAGGGGCUCGGAAUCUGCUAAGGAUUGCAGUUCAGGUUCUUCUGGUACGAGGUGUGAACCUUGUCAUCCUCGCAGCAGAUGAAUUCCAAGGCCUUUUGCCUUGCGACGAUCCUCUUCUCAACAAAUGCAUCGACCCCAUGGAUGCAUUGGCCAGAUCAGCCAUCAAAUGGGCACUACACAAAUCUAAACCAAUAAUCAUAGAACAGUAGUACACUCAGGGUGUGUUUGGUUGACAGGUUUAGCUUUAAGGAAUGGGUAUCAAUGUGAUUGGUAUUGUUUGGUUGAUAGGUUUUUAGCAGGGUUGUUCCAAUACAAAUAGAAGUCAUGUGCGACAUCUAAUUUUGAGCCCUUUUCACAAGAAUAUCUAUUAAUCUAGAAUCAAGGGCAUCCUAAUUUCUUGGAUCACAUAUGUCAAAUAAAAACGAAUCAUUUGGUUUAA